UGAGCUUUCAUUUAUCAAUUGCGAAUUAAAGUUUGAAACGAGAUGUCCAAGUUUGCAACAAUCAUUUUUUGUCUUGUAAUUGCUAUGUGCAUUCUGUCAGCUUUUUCAAAGCCGUCUAGCGAACAGAAGGAUGAUAUUUUUGCCUCUGAAAACAAUGAGUUUUUAAACAAUCAUCGCGAUAGAGUUGUUCGUUCAGCUAAUGAAGAUGAAGACCAUCAUACCGAAGCUCCAACACAUCUCGAUGUAACUGAACCUCCAUCAACAUGUGCUCCAGCUUAGUGGAAUAUCUGAAGAGAAAACGACAAUAUAAUCAAUAUCAAGUGUUUCAUAUUUUAUUCAAUAAACAAAGCACCAAUAAUCAGUAAUCAUAAUUUGCAUAAAUUGAAAUCAAAUUUAAAAGUUACAGCAAAAACAAAAACAUUGUUUCGUAACUAGGAAUGAAAAUUGCAAUAUCCCAG